AACUGGAAACGUUCCAACUCGGAAGUCAUUAUUAACUAAAUACGAGUAUAGUAGCAAAAAUGAAAGUGUUCGCGGCGGUUUUUCUUUGCGUUCUGAUUGCCCACGAGGCCAGGGCCCAGUAUUCGAGAUGCCUGAAUCCCAACCAACGGUCUGGACUCUGUGUGCACAUUAAUGAAUGCCAAACACUCUUCUCCGUGCUGCAGAAGUUCGCACUGACCGAUCUGGAAAAGAAGUUCAUCAGGUCCUCGGCCUGUGGAAUGGGCGUGGAUAAUCGGCCCUUUGUCUGCUGCACUCAGGAUACGGGUUAUACGAGAAACCAGCGCCAGAAUCCCUCCUUCCCAGACUACGAUGGCUUUGGUGGCGAUUGGGAGGAGGAGAGGCCAAACAGUUUCGUUUUCCCGGGACAAGUGACUCGGGCAUUUAGCUUUGGCAAUCAGCAAGCUGGGGAUAAUACCGUCGUUCAAAAGCCAUCUACUGGUGAUGGCUCUAGUUUACUCCCUCAGCCGCCUUCCUGCGGGGGCGUUGCCAUCAGGAACAGGAUUUACGAUGGCCAGGACACUGAACUCAAUGAAUUUCCUUGGAUGGUCUUGUUGGAGUACCGAAGACGCAAUGGAAAUGGCCUUUCCACCAGCUGUGCAGGUUCCCUCAUCAAUCAGCGAUAUGUCCUCACAGCUGCCCAUUGUCUGACGGGAAGGAUUGAAAGGGAGAUCGGAUCGCUUGCCUCGGUGAGAUUGGGCGAGCAUGACACACGUACCGCAGUGGAUUGCCCCCCGGGUGGAGGAAGUUGCGCCCCGGAGGUUCAGCGUCUGGGCUUCGAGGAGAUCCGGGUUCACGAAAGAUAUAGCGAGAAGUCCACAAACCAAGUUCACGAUAUUGGCCUGAUUCGCUUAGAGCGCAAUGUCCGCUAUUCGGACAACAUCCGACCCAUUUGCCUGCCCUCGUCUGUGGGCCCUGAGUCUCGGCAAGCCGGUGAACAGUUCACCGUGGCCGGCUGGGGUCGUACUCUGAAAAUGUCUCGCAGUCCCAUCAAGCAGAAGGUCACGGUCAACUAUGUGGAUCCCGCCAAGUGCCGUCAACGAUUCUCGCAGAUCAAGGUGGCCGUGGAGUCCACCCAACUGUGCGCCGGAGGACAGUUCCGGCAGGACAGCUGCGACGGCGAUUCCGGCGGUCCACUGAUGCGAUUCCGUGGCGACUCCUGGGUCUUGGAGGGCAUCGUAUCCUUUGGCUAUAAGUGCGGCCUGAAGGAUUGGCCAGGUGUCUACACGAACGUGGCUGCCUACGACAUCUGGAUCCGGCAGAAUGUGAGGGCUUAGGAGAGCAUCGAGCUCUGAAAAAGCUAUAGCGAAAUUUGUGAUAUUUUCUACUGCUAGUUUAGGUUAGAAACUAACUUAGAUUUAAGUGCACUUGUGAAAUAUUUAUUAGCAUAUAUUGCAAAUAUAAAUUUUAGAAAUA